CUGUUGGUCUGAGCAGGCAAAAUGAAGCUGAACAUAUUGGCAGCACCAUUUCACUGGGGCCUCAUGCUUCUUUGCACAGUGGCCUUGUGCAGCCAACUCGUGUCCACUGGCAACCAAAGCUCCCGAGGACGGACGGGGUCAUCGCAGGAGAGGACGGGCACCUGUGAAGUGGUUGCUGCUCAUCGUUGCUGCAAUAAGAACAAGAUUGAGGAACGCUCUCAAACAGUCAAGUGCUCCUGCUUCCCAGGACAGGUGGCGGGGACGACGAGGGCUUUGCCCUCUUGUGUGGAAGCCUCCAUUGUGCGUCAGAAGUGGUGGUGUAAAAUGGCGCCGUGUCUGAAGGGGGAAGAGUGCCGAGUUCUCCCUGACCUCACUGGUUGGUCAUGCAUCUCUGGGAACAAAGUGAAGACCACAAAGGUGGCGCGGUAGCACGUCAGAAGUCCCAUUUAAUCCGCUGCAGUCACCUCUGCUGACUCUGGACUCCGAGGACAGCAAAAGCCCAUCAGAUAGAGCAGAGAACAAUAUGGAUUUCAUCAGACAUCUCCUUGCCGGUGCUUCAAACGGGCAAGAACUCAUUAUUUUAAUUUCCAUUUUGCUUUAAACACAAUCGCAGCUGGGGUCAAUCCCGCCGAGUGGACCGUCUAUUAGCAGCGGAUUCAAGAUAAAAAUGACUCGUCACCCCUUCCCCUUCCAAACAGGCAGCCCGCUGCAAAACGGUAUCAUUGUUUUUCGGCGCUUGAUAUGCUGCGCACAUUGCGACGCACUCAAUCAAAGCGCGGAUGGGACUGCUGGCAGACAUUUAGAGCGAGAUUUUGUGGAUUUUCAAGAGGCAGAAUGUGAAUCCACUCAGUUCACGACUGUCUCCCCCCCCCCCCGCCGCCGAUCAGAGGAGGAGACCACAAACACUGAGAGAUUUAUGAUUAUGUAGCAUUGGGUAAACAACGCUGUCCCGCGGACUUUAUGCCAAGCUUUGCAGAGGGGUAAGAUCCCUUUGGACUACUCCUUACCGGCAGAGAGGCCCCUCCACCCGACACGUACACACUCGCGCAUUUCAUCUCAACUCCACCGGUUGGACAGGCCGCCACCUGCAAAGCUGCCAUGGCGUGCACGCUCACGCACGCACACACACACACACACACACACACACAUGAAGCACUGAUGCAAAACAAGGGCUGUUUGAAAUGCUAAUGAUGGGGAGAGAGGAGGAGGAGAGGAGCUUCUUCACCGCUGCGAGUAUUUACACCGCACUUUUGUUUGCCUCUACGUGGGGGAUCUCGGCUCGUAGUGACAUAUUGGAGAUUCUCUGCCUCGAAGCCAAGUGUAACCACCAACAGAACAGAAUACUAACAGUUAUUAGCAUUUCAUCAGUCGUCCUCAUUACAUGAAUAAUAUUCCACCCCGAUUGCCUGUUUCUUUUUUUUUUUUUUUUA